CCGUGUUCUUCACAGCUUUCUUCUUCUCUCUAUGCUCCAUUAUCGCUUUUCUUUCUCUGAGUAUUAACAUUUUAAUGGGAAUUCUGGAUAUCGAUACAACGCACAUUCAAAUGGGACCCUGUUUGGAAAACACUUUAUUCUCCUUUUCCGGUACGCAUUUAUUUGGAAUAUAAAUGUUUCGCCGUGCGUUGCUUGUGUUGGGAUAAACAUGACCCAGGUCUUUUGUGUUUUCUCUGGGGGCAUGGUGGUGUUUCGGCUUCUUUUUCUGUGCGUAGUGGAGUUGCAUAUGGGCUGCGAUGCUCUGCUUGCUGCUUAUCUCAACACUUUUAGGGCUUUUACACCACCUGCCAACGACACGGUCCUCUUACCUGCCAGAAGGAAAGAGGGUAUUGUGCAGAGUGUAGAUCGGAUUUACUAUGGGGAUGGAAAAGUUGGUUACCUGAUCUACAUGGAUAGGAAAAGGUUUCAGUUAGAUAUGGAGAGAGAUGAGUCCAUCUUGUCACAUCACUUCAGUCUGAACUAUGUGAUGGGACUGAUCCAGGGGGGAGAGGGCUUCGCAUCUCUACACCGGGAAUGUGUUUAUCGGGGAACAGUGGACUCUAACCCAGAGUCCCUGGCGGUUUUCAGCCUCUGUGGUGGGGGUCUAGAGGGCUUUUUCGCUGUGAAACACGUGCGCUACACCAUUACAUCGUCCAUCCCAGCCAAGGGACGCAAUGAGAAUGACGUGCGUGCGCUUGAAGACAAGAACACAGAUAGCGCAUUUCACUACUUUACACAAGAGAGCUUCAGCUUUGAGGCUAUACCCAUGCGCGAAAGUUGCGGGACCAAGGAUGGACGCUGGCACAGAGGUUCAUCGAUAAAACACCGGCGUAAGGAGUCGGGGAAAGGGAAACGCAACGGUGGGGGCGAGGAAUGGUACAGGAGAUGGUGGAAAAGGAUCUCCAAACCUCCCUCUCCAUCCUCAGAGGGAAUCCGGCGCAAGAGGUCGGUUUCCCGUGCCAGGCACGUGGAGCUCCUCUUGGUCGCCGACGAGUCCAUGUCCAAGAAGUACGGAAAGGAUCUGCACCACUACCUCCUCACACUGACCUCCAUUGCCUCAAAGUUGUACGGACACGCCAGCAUUGAGAACCCCAUCCAUCUCUCCGUGGUCAAGGUGGCUGUGGUCACUGAGAAGGAGAAGGGACUGGAUGUGUCCAAGAACGCAGCUGCCACACUCAAGAGUUUUUGCAAGUGGCAGAAUCAGAAGAACCCACUGGAUGAAGAUCACCAGCAUCACCAUGAUGCCGCCAUCCUCUUCACCAGGCAGGACCUAUGUGGGCACCACUCAUGUGACACGCUGGGCAUGGCCGAUGUUGGCACCAUCUGUUCCCCAGAGAGAAGCUGUGCCGUCAUCGAGGAUGAUGGACUCCAUGCUGCCUUCACUGUGGCACACGAGAUAGGUCACUUGCUAGGUCUGUCUCAUGACGACUCCAAGUUCUGCGAGGAGAAGUUUGGACCAACUGGCGACAAGCGUCUCAUGUCAUCCAUAUUAACCUCCAUCGACGGCUCUAAACCUUGGAGCCGCUGCACCUCAGCUACUAUUACUGACUUCUUUGACGAUGGCAACGCUGAGUGUCUCUUGGACACUCCACGCCAACAGAUGCUUGGCUCAGAAGAGCUGCCCGGCCAGAGCUAUGACGCAGUGCGCCAGUGCCGCCUGGCGUUUGGGUCAGAGUACACAGUGUGCCCAGGCAUGGAUGUGUGUGCUCGCCUGUGGUGCGCUGUCAUACGCCAGGGCCAAAUGGUGUGCCUGACAAAGAAGCUGCCUGCCGUGGAGGGCACCCCGUGUGGCAAGGGCCGCAUCUGCCUCCAGGGCAAGUGUGUAGACAAGACACGCAAGAAAUACUAUUCGGCUUCUAACCACGGUAGCUGGAGUUCUUGGGGUUCAUGGGGAGCAUGUUCCAGAUCUUGCGGUGGAGGGGUGCAGUUCGCCCAGCGUCUAUGCAACAACCCGCCCCCCCGAAACAACGGCCGCUACUGCACGGGGAAAAGGACCAUCUAUCGAUCUUGCAGUGUCAUGCCGUGCCUGUUGUCCAGUAAGACUUUCCGUCAGGAGCAGUGUGAGGUACGGAACGGCCCCCAAACCGACCCUAAGGGUGUAAAGACAUUUGUGGAGUGGGUCCCUAAGUUUGCGGGAGUGCUGCCAAAAGAUGUCUGCAAGUUGACCUGCCGGGCAAAGGGCACGGGCUACUAUGUGGUCUUCUCACAGAGGGUGGUGGAUGGGACAGAGUGUCGGCCAUACAGCAGUUCGGUGUGUGUGAAAGGCAAGUGUGUUCGCACGGGCUGCGACAACAUCAUUGGCUCCAAGCUGCAGUUUGACAAGUGUGGCAUCUGUGGCGGGGAUGGCACCAGCUGCAUCAGGGUAAACGGCAACUUCACUAAAAAAAGUAAGGGUUACACGGAUGUGGUGAAGAUUCCAGAGGGUUCCACCCACAUCAAGGUCCGCCAGUACAAGCCCAAGGAUCAGCCUCGGUACACAGCCUACCUGGCACUGCGUCGACCUGGUGGAGACUACCUCCUCAACGGCAAGUUCAUGAUCUCUACCUCGGAGACCAUCAUCCCCCUCAAUGGCUCGGUGCUCAAUUACAGUGGUUGGAGCCAACGGGAUGAGUGGCUUCACAGCAUGGGCCCCGGGGCCCUCCGGGAGGACCUCAUGGUUCAGAUUCUGGCUACGGAUGCCAAAAAGACACUGGAUGUCCGCUACAGCUUCUUCAUGCCACGUCGGGUUUCACCACCACCUCCUACACCACGCACCUCCACGACCCCAUCCCCGUCCACUACUAUUCCAACAAACACCACUAGCAGAUUCAGCAGUAGCUUCACAUUGGCCCCUGCCCUCUCCACAGCCCAGGUGAUGUCAACGGCAACCCCAGGGCCUCAGUGGGUAACGGGUCCAUGGAUGAUAUGCUCUAGAACUUGUGACACGGGCUGGCAGAGCCGCACUGUGCAAUGCAAGGACCCACAGGCCAAGCUGGCCAAGGGAUGCCCGCUGGGCUCCCGCCCCUCCGCCUUCAAACAAUGCCUAGUGAAAAAGUGCUGAGGGACCUACAGACUCUCCUCAAAUGGACUGGGAGGGUGAAUGGGGUAGGGAGUAUACAUGGACAGACACUUCGGUCAGUCAAGCUCUCCUUCAUACCUUACUAUGCCAGUCCCUACUUGGCACAGCCACUGACAAAAUGACGGGCACCCUCAGACACUUCCAAACAAAUGGUGCAGCCACCCAACCCCUCACAUGGUAAAAUGCCUCCUCUAUUUGAGUCUUCAAAUACUAUCCCACUUCCUGUUUUAUAAAUAAGUAGUUUGGUGUCCAUGACUAAAAGAAAACGAACCGUACUUUAUCCAGUAGAAAAAAGAAUAAUCCCAGAUAAAAGAAAACCACUUUAAGUGAAGAUAGAAAUCCUUUUUUUGAAAUCUGCCUAUUCUUAGUAACUCAUGUAGACUAACACCGCUCCAAGAGACCAUGGUGACCCUUUAUCUCUGACAUUAGUUUUGGUUAAAGGUCGUAAUGACAUGGUAUGACCUAAUGUGCAUUCUUGACUCUUGUGUGUGUGCAUGCAUGGCUGUGUGUGUAUGAGCUGGGUAGAUAUGAGCGUAAACAUUUAGUGUUUUGAUAAACUUGUGGCCUAAACUUUUUUAACUGACUCUAACCCUCAGUUCCAUUUGUAUCACUAUGCGGUUGCAAGAGGUUCGCUACAAUUUUGUCACUGUGUUUCGUUGGCUCCCUGUGUCUUUGUUUGUAUGUCCGUUUGUUUGUUUAUGAAAAAAGCAAGUUCUUGCUAAUAUGACAAUGUGUGCCCUGCCUACUCACGAAUACAGCAAGAGGGAUACAUAAAGGGUUUCAGACUACAAGCUUAUGAUGGAUAACUAACUAAGGAGUAGGGUGGACUUGAAGAUGUUAGAGUGAGAAAUGGAUAGCCUGAAAUAAAAACAUGUGGAACAAUGUGUUGAAGUUAGACCUGACCAAAUACAUUCCUAACGCUCUCUCUCUCACACACACACAAACAUGUCAUCUCCCAUCCUCUCAAUCUCUCAUUUUAAACAUUUACAAAUUCUAGUUUUAGACUAUACUUUUUCUCACACACUCUCAGUAAAACACAUGCACACCUCCAUUUCUCAUUCAGCAAAUUAAUAUAUUCUUAUUUCAGCCUAUUCAUUCCUCACUCUCUCACACCUUCAACUCCAUCUUUCUCCUUAGCCUGUCAUCCCUCAUAAGCUUGUAAUUCUGAACAACACCCUUUCAAUGGUGAAGAUUGAUUUACAACAUACUGGGGACAUAUGGCCUUUGCCAUAAUGUCACAACUCAUUAUUUCACACACAUGCAUAUAAAGAAUACAAAACACCCCAUGUUUCGACAAUAUUUGGCUCACGUUAACACAUUUUCAAAAUUGUUUUAAUGAUAUACUUUCACAAUGAAAUUCCAGUAUCAUCCAUGUUCAGAAUACAUGCGUCAUACACGCAUAGUAUGUAUAGAAAUGGAAACCACACAAAAACACAUCUUAAAAAUAUACAGUACCAUUCAAAUGUUUGGACUUUCGUAGCCUUAACCUCUGGGAUCAACGACACACCUACUCAUUCAAGGGUAUGUCUUUACUAUUUUGCACAUUGUAGAAUAAAAGUGAAAACAUCAAAACAGUGAAAUAACACAUGGAAUCAUAUAGUAACCAAAUAAUUUGUUAAACAAUUCAAAAUACAUUUAGAUUCAAGCCACCCUUUACCUUGAUGGCAGCUUUGUACACUCUUGGCAUUUUCUCAACCAGCUUCAUGAGCUAGUCACAUGGAAUGCUUUUCCAACAGUCUUAAAGGAGUUCCCGCAUAUGCGAAGCACUUGUUGGCUGCUUUUCCAUCACUCCGCACUCCAACUUAUCCCAAACAAAUCUCAAUUGGGAUGUGAUUGAGUGAUUGGAUGCCAGGUCAUCUGAUGGGGCACUCUGUCACUCUCAUUCUUGGUCAAAUAGCCCACAUGCAGCCUGGAGGUCUUUAUUGGGUCACUGUUCUGUUGAAAUACACAUGAUAGUCCCACUAAGCACAAACCAGAUGGGAUGGCAUAUUGGUGUAGAAUUUUGGUAUAAUGUCAAUUUCUCAUGCGUCUUGGCCCAAGCAAGUCUCUUCUUUUUGGUGUCCUUCAGUAGUGGUUUCUUUGCCACAAUUCAACCACAAAGGCCUGAUUCCCAUUGUCUGUCCUGAACAGUUGAUAUUAAGAUGUUUCUAUUACUUGAACUCUGUGAAGCAUUUAUUUGGGCUGCAAUCUGAGGUGAAGUUAAUUGACUAUUGACUAAGGCUGGUAACUCUAAUGAACUUGUCCUCUGUAGUAGAGGUAACUCUUGGUUUUCCUUUCCAGUGGCGGUCCUCAUGGGAGACAGUUUCAUUGUAGUGCUUGAUGGUUUUUGCAAAUGUACUUGAAGAAAAUGUUUUUAAAGUUCUUGAAAUUUUCCGGAUUGACAAAACUUAAUGUCCUAAAGUAAUGAUGAACCAUCGUUCCUCUUUGAUCAUUUGAAAUGUUCCUGCAAUAUUAUCUAGUACUACUGUACAGACAUUAUGAUAGCCUUCUGUAUACCCACCCUACCUUGUCACCCUCUAUAUACCCACCCUGAUGCAUUAAGGAAAGAAAUUCUACAAAUUAACUACAAAAUACUUUUAAUUGAAAUGCAUUCCAGGUGAAUACCACAUGAAGCAGGUUGAGAGAAUGCCAAGAGUUUGCAAAGCUAUCAUCAAGGCAAAGGGUGGCCAAUUUGAAAAUAUUAAUUUUAUAUGCAUUAUUUCAUAGAUUUGAUCUCUUCUCUAUUAUUCUACAAUGUAGAAAAUAGUAAAACUAAAGAAAUAGCCUUAAAUGGGUAGGUGUGUCCUAACUAUUGUCUGGUGCUGUACACCGAUCAGCCGUAACAUUAUUACCACUGACAGGUAAAGUGAAUAACACUGAUAAUCUCGUUAUCAUGGC